UGGCGCCAACUGCCUGCUCUGCGGCGCGGGAAGCGGCGCGGGAGCGCGGCAUCGAGGGGCAGGCCUAGCUGGGGCCCGUAGCCCUCCGUCUUCUGGCUGGUACGCAGGUCCUGCGCACGCUGCGUGGCCGCAGCCGCCGGGCAGUGGGCGCCGGAGGGACCGGGAGGCGAGCCGGGGUCCCCAGGCGGGUGUGGGCAUCGUGCCCGCAGCCAGCGUCCCCCGAGGCCGCGCUGGGGCCAUGAUCCACUCGGUGAAGCUGCGCCGCGAUAGCGCGGCCGACUUCGUCUCGCACUAUGAGUACCUGUGCGCGCUGCAGGACUCGGUGCCUCUGCCCGCCGUGCGCGCUUCUCUGCGGGGGGGCGUGCUGGACUUCAACGCCGACCGCCUCCGCGGGCUGGACUGGGCGCCGCUUCUGAGCACCCUCAAGAUUAAUAAAGAUCUGCCCCUGAUCUGUAUCAGGAGCUUCUUCCAGCCAUGGCUUGGCGAGACAGGUUCUGACAGAAAUAAAGUUUACAGAAGUCGUGUUCCUGCGAUAAGAAAUAAAGAUGUGACCUUCCAGUUGUGUAAAGCUCUUAAAUGCUGUGUGAGUGCGUCGGGUGCGCUAAGGAACCUGGAGCUAAAUGGGCUAGUUCUGAGAGAGAGAGACUUAACUAUGUUAACAAAGGGAUUGAAUAAAUCGGCCACUUUGGUGCACCUGUGUCUUGCGAAUUGUCCAAUUGGAGAUGGAGGUUUAGAAAUUAUUUGUCAAGGUAUAAAGAACUCUAUCACUCUUAAGACAGUAAACUUCACGGGGUGUAAUCUGACAUGGCAGGGAGCAGAUCACAUGGCCAAGAUCUUAAAGUAUCAGACUAUCAGAAGGCAUGAAGAAACCUGGGCUGAGAGUCUUCGUUACAGGAGACCUGAUCUUGACUGUAUGGCUGGUUUGAGGCGCAUCACUCUGAACUGCAACACGCUUAUUGGUGACCUGGGUGCAAGUGCUUUUGCAGAAUCUCUUAGUGAGGAUUUAUGGCUUAGAGCACUUGACCUGCAGCAGUGUGGCCUCACCAGUGAAGGAGCAAAGGCUUUACUAAAGGCCCUUGAAACCAACAGAACUCUGGUCGUUUUGGAUAUAAGAAAAAACCCACUUGUCGAUCAUUCUGUGAUGAAAUCAGUUAUCAAAAAAGUUCUCCAGAAUGGAAGGAGUGCCAAGUCAGAGUACCAGUGGAUAACUUCUCCAUCUGUGAAGGAACCAUCCAAAGCUGCUAGACAGAAAAAGAGAACUAUAAUUUUGGGAAGUGGUCGAAAAGGAAAAGCUACUAUUAGAAUUGGCUUGGCCACAAAGAAACCUGUAAGUAAUGGAAGGAAACACUCUGCUGGUAAAGAAUGUUAUGCUCCUGAACCUCUACCACCUGGUGUGUCUGGUUUCCUGCCAUGGCGUACUGCAGAACGUGCAAAAAGGAACAGGGGUUUUCCAUUCAUCAAAGCUCGUGAUGUAUGUAAUCGGUUGCAGCAGUCAGAAUUUCCUGUGACUGUGACAGUAGAGAGUCCUUCCUCCUCAGAAAUCGAAGAGGUCGAUGAUUCCUCAGAAAGUAUUCAGGAAGAGCCAGAGAAAAUCAAUUUGAAACAAGAAGCAUUGCAGGAAAAACUGGAGGAGUGCCUAAAGCAGUUAAAGGAGGAAAGAGUAAUAAGACUUAAGGCUGAUAAACGAGUCAGUGAGCUGGAACAUGAAAACGCCCAGUUAAGAAAUAUAAAUUUCUCUUUGUCUGAAGCCCUUCAUGCCCACUCAUUGACAAGCAUGAUCCUGGAUGAUGAAGGUGUUUUGGGCAGCAUUGAGAAUUCUUUUCAGAAGUUCCACGCUUUCUUGGAUCUCCUUAAAGAUGCCGGGCUUGGGCAGCUGGCCACAAUGGCUGGUAUAGAUCAGUCAGAUUUUCAUUUACUAGGUCGUCCCCAGAUGAAUUCUACUGUUAGUAGUCCACCUAAAGAAGAAAAGAAGGCACUUGAAGAAGAAAAAUCAGAAUCAAAACAGGGUGCCCCAGGACAAAUGCAAAAUAUCCAAGUUUCUAUUUGUAUGCAGUCAGCUUACAAUGAAGGAACACUAAUGAAGUUUCAGAAAAUUACAGGUGAUACUAGGAUUCCUUUGUCUCUCGACUCCUUCCAGGUCCCAGUCUCUACUCAGGAGGCCUUAGAAACUUCCAAAGAUAACCUGGGGUUCCCAGUCACAGAGCAGCGGCAGGAGUCUUUUGAAGAUUUCAUUGCUAGAACAUGUCCUCCUUCAGCAGAUGUCAUUUCUGGAACUGGAAGUCAAAGAAAAGAAGAGGAGUUAUCUAGAAAUAGCAGGUCUUCUUCAGAGAAAAUGACCAAAGCAGAGUCCCAUUGAAAUGACUGGAGAAAUAUUAAAACAAAAAUAAAUUAAUAGCAGAGUUGGAAAACCAGAAAAUGAACAAUGUGGACUUCCUAGAAGAUAAAGAGCAGAUUAUUGAAAGAUGAGUUAAUUGAAGAGUGGAACAGCUAAGCCAUUCCAAUCACCUCUUUGUGGAGUACCUAAUUAUGGAGCUUGCCACCAGGCUCAGGCUAAGAAAGCAGCUCUCUGAAGUGGGGGUCCUGACACAGGAAACACUGGGAUUGGAUAACAAGGGCAUUAUCCAAAAUGACUCCAAGCAGGAACCGAAGAUAAGCUGCCACACUUCUGGUUACGGUGACCUGCCACUCCCUUUAUAAUCACCAGAGUGCCCAUAAUCAGAAUUUGUAUUCAUUGAAAGUGAACCAGAAUUCUCAUUUGGCUGAGGAAAAGCACUUCAAACCUUAGUCUUAGGCCCUCAUCUAUAAAUAUGCCAAGAAUCAUCAAAUUUGAAGAAAACCACUAACAUAAAAGGAGACACCAAAUUAAAACAAAGUAACCUGUUCAAGAAAGUAGUUACUAGAAGAAACAGAAGAAGUUUAAAAAUUAGUACAAUUAGGAUCUUCAAAGAGUCAUGGGGAUGUUGCAUCCAUAAAGAAUAGGAUGCUAGGAAAAAGAUACUUAGUUUUUGGAAAUUAAAAAUACGAUUGUGAAAACAGAACAUUCAGAAGAUGGACUAGAUAGCAGAAUAGAUUCAGUUGAAGCUUGAAUUCAUGAAAUGGAAGAUCUGAUUGAGAGAUCCCCUUAAUAUGCAUUGCAAAGGGAUGAAAGAUAAAAGUUAUGAAAAAGAAAGACUAGAAGAACACGGGAGUUGGCAUACAGUAAGUGCACAAAUAUUUGUUAUAUAAGAUAGUGCAGAUAUCAGUAUGAGCAAUGAAUCCAUGGAAGAUUUUAAAUCAAAGGAACUGAUGAUGCCAUGUGAUCUGUGUUUCCCCUUUAUAAUCACCAUGGAUGCCUAUAAUAAGGAAAAAUCUAAGUAAAUAUUAUGCUUAUAUAAAAAUGAAGUGAGCUAAAAUUCUAGGCUUUAACAUGAAUGGAGGCAGGAUAUAGAAAGUGGAACAGUGUUCAGGAUCUUGUCUUAUUCAAGGCAAGAAUAUAGUGUUUACCUCUAGGUGUUGAUAGAAAAAUAUAUUUAAGUAUAUUUGAAGUGAAAGGCAUAUCAGUAAGGACAGGUUAUGUGACGAUACUUCAGCCGCAAGCCUGAAAUCUUAGUGACUUAAAGCAACAUUGGUUUAUUUGUGCUCAUUCUGUAUGCAUUUGGCAGAUUGGCUAGAAGCCCUACUCCAUGUCCCCCUCAACCUGGGAGCCAGCUGACAAAGCAUCACUCUUUGGAACAUUGCUUGUUACAAUACCCAAGCAAAAAUAGAUUGUGAUGCAACAUACCCUGACUUAAAGCUUCUGCCUAGAUGAACGCAUGUCACUUCUCACAUUUCAUUGGCCAAAGAAAAUCACAUGGCCACGGCUGAAUUCAACUGAGCAGGGAAAUGCAGACUUACUGUGUGCCAAGACAAGGAGAGAGAGAAGCAAAUAUACGUCAACAACUUUAAUAGCCCCCAAACCACCAGGAAAGGGGGGAUGGAAUUUAAAAAUCCAAGAAAAGGCAGGAAAGAAGAAAGAAACAAGAUAAAUAGGAACACACACGAACACACACAUACAGACGGUAGCAAGACCAAAUGCUUUUCUCACAAUAAAUGUAAAUUAAAUUCUGGAAUUCCUUAAGCUUGAGUAAAAAAACAACUAUGUGCUAUUUGCAAAAAAAAAAUCUAAAAGACUUUCAUGGAUUAUAAAGAAGUAAACGAGCAUACCAGGCAGAUGCUAAUAAAAGUGUAUGUGACUAUGUUAACCUCAGAAUAAACAAUAAAUAGGACUCAAGAUGAAAACCAUUAAGUGGGAGAAAAUAAAAGCAUUUCGGCUGAUAAAAAGUAUAGUUUUGCAGAAAGAUUAUUUGAAAUCGGACCUGCAAUCUAAAAACUCAGUUUCAAAAUGUAUAGAGCAAAAACAGAAAUACAAGGAAAAGUGAGCAAACCAAUUAUGAGAGAGACUUUAACACAUCUCUCUUCCAAAUCAGUGGAUCUACUGCUACUCACUAAAUAAGAAAAUACUGACAGAACCAAGGGCUGGUGAGGAUGCAAAGUAACUGAAAUUCUGGUGGAAACACAAAAUGAUGUAGUCCCUCAAAACAGAUUGGCAGUGUCUUUAAACAUAACCAGCAGUUUCACAAGUUACGUGAAAACUUAUGUUCAUGUAAAAACAUGUAUGUGGUGUUUAUAGCAGCUCUGUUCAUAAUCAUCAAAAAGUCUUCCUAAAGGUGGAUGGAUAAACAAAUGAUGGUGUGUCCACACAAUGGAAUACUAC